GCAGCUUUUGGAUUGGAGCAAGGGAAUAAGGAUCACCAGCAAAUUGAAAAGCACAAAGCUGCAAGAUGUCGGGCCGAAGUGGGAAGAAGAAAAUGUCCAAACUGUCACGCUCAAGCAGGGCAGGUGUUAUUUUCCCUGUGGGGAGGAUGAUGCGCUACUUAAAGAAAGGAACGUACAAGUACCGGAUAGGUGUUGGAGCACCAGUGUACAUGGCAGCCGUCAUAGAGUACCUAGCAGCUGAAAUUCUAGAAUUAGCAGGAAAUGCAGCACGAGACAACAAGAAAGGAAGAAUUGCCCCCAGACACAUCCUUCUGGCAGUUGCAAAUGAUGAAGAACUGAAUCAGUUGCUGAAAGGUGUGACUAUUGCAAGCGGAGGUGUCCUGCCCAGAAUUCAGCCAGAGCUUCUAGCCAAGAAACGGGGUGCCAAAGGCAAAUCUGAGACCAUCCUUUCACCUGCUCCUGAGAAGAAGGGAAGGAAAUCCAUGGUGAACAAAAAGAGUGGGAAGAAGGCAAAGUCUGCCAAGGCUCGGACACCCAAAAAG